CCUCACGUAGUUGGAGGUUUCCAGAAGCGCUAGCAUCACCGCGCUGCGCAAUUCUCGGCGGUCAGAGCGCGUGUUUGCUGCCUCGUAUUUCCACCAUUUAGCAGCCAUGAUAAGCGCCAGCCGAGCCGCAGUAGCCCGUCUUGUCGGCGCCGCAGCCUCCCGGGGCCCCACAGCCGCCCGCCACCAGGAUGGCUGGAAUGGCUUUAGUCAUGAAGCUUUUAGAAUUGUUUCAAGGCGGGACUAUGCAUCAGAAGCAAUCAAGGGAGCAGUUGUUGGUAUUGAUUUGGGUACUACCAACUCCUGUGUGGCAGUUAUGGAAGGUAAACAAGCAAAGGUGCUAGAGAAUGCUGAAGGUGCCAGAACCACCCCUUCAGUUGUAGCCUUUACAGCAGAUGGCGAACGACUUGUUGGCAUGCCGGCCAAGCGACAGGCUGUCACCAACCCAAACAACACAUUCUAUGCUACCAAGCGUCUCAUUGGCAGGCGAUAUGAUGACCCAGAAGUUCAAAAAGACAUUAAAAAUGUUCCUUUUAAAAUUGUCCGUGCCUCUAAUGGCGAUGCCUGGGUUGAAGCUCAUGGAAAACUCUAUUCCCCAAGUCAGAUUGGAGCAUUUGUGUUGAUGAAGAUGAAAGAGACUGCAGAAAAUUACUUGGGGCAUACGGCAAAAAAUGCUGUGAUCACCGUCCCAGCGUAUUUCAAUGACUCUCAGAGACAGGCCACUAAGGAUGCUGGCCAGAUAUCUGGACUAAAUGUGCUUCGGGUAAUUAAUGAACCCACAGCGGCUGCUCUGGCCUAUGGUCUAGACAAAUCAGAAGACAAAAUCAUUGCUGUAUAUGAUUUAGGUGGUGGAACUUUUGAUAUUUCCAUACUGGAAAUUCAGAAAGGAGUAUUUGAGGUAAAAUCCACCAACGGAGACACUUUUUUAGGUGGUGAAGACUUUGACCAGGCCUUGCUGCGUCACAUUGUGAAGGAGUUCAAAAGAGAGACAGGGGUUGAUUUGACCAAAGACAACAUGGCGCUUCAAAGGGUUCGGGAAGCCGCUGAGAAGGCCAAGUGUGAACUUUCUUCAUCUGUGCAGACUGACAUCAAUUUGCCAUACCUUACAAUGGAUGCUUCUGGACCCAAGCACUUGAAUAUGAAGCUGACCCGGGCUCAGUUUGAGGGGAUUGUUACUGAUCUAAUCAGAAGGACCAUAGCUCCAUGCCAAAAAGCCAUGCAAGAUGCAGAAGUCAACAAAAGUGACAUAGGAGAAGUGAUUCUGGUUGGUGGCAUGACUAGGAUGCCUAAGGUUCAGCAGACUGUGCAGGAUCUCUUUGGCCGAGCCCCAAGUAAAGCUGUCAAUCCUGAUGAGGCUGUGGCCAUUGGAGCUGCCAUUCAGGGAGGUGUGUUGGCUGGUGACGUCACAGAUGUGCUACUCUUGGAUGUCACUCCCCUGUCUCUGGGUAUUGAGACUCUGGGAGGUGUCUUCACCAAGCUUAUUAACAGGAACACCACUAUUCCAACCAAGAAGAGCCAGGUGUUUUCUACAGCUGCUGAUGGACAGACUCAGGUGGAGAUUAAAGUGUGUCAGGGUGAGAGAGAGAUGGCUGGAGACAACAAACUGCUUGGACAGUUUACUUUGAUUGGGAUUCCCCCAGCCCCUCGUGGAGUCCCUCAGAUUGAAGUUACAUUUGACAUUGAUGCCAAUGGGAUUGUACAUGUUUCUGCCAAAGAUAAGGGUACAGGACGCGAGCAGCAGAUUGUGAUCCAGUCUUCCGGUGGGUUAAGCAAAGAUGAUAUUGAAAAUAUGGUUAAAAAUGCAGAGAAGUAUGCUGAGGAAGACCGGCGAAAGAAGGAACGAGUUGAAGCAGUUAAUAUGGCUGAAGGAAUCAUUCAUGACACAGAAACCAAGAUGGAAGAAUUCAAGGACCAAUUGCCUGCUGAUGAGUGCCACAAGCUAAAAGAAGAGAUUUCCAAAAUGAGGGAGCUCCUCGCUCGAAAAGACAGUGAAACAGGAGAAAACAUAAGGCAGGCAGCAUCUUCCCUUCAGCAAGCAUCAUUGAAGCUCUUCGAAAUGGCAUACAAAAAGAUGGCAUCUGAGCGGGAAGGCUCUGGAAGUUCUGGCACUGGGGAGCAAAAGGAAGAUCAAAAGGAAGAGAAACAGUAACAGCAGUAAAUUUUCGAGUCGAAAGGACAACAUAUUAUGAUGCUUGGGAGUGAAGGGAUUUCCUGAGCUGAAAUGGGCAAAAUUUCAGUCUUCUACUGUGUUUUUGCAGUACUCUAUAUAUAAUUUCCUGAAUAUGUAAAUUUAGUGACCAUUAGCUAAUGAUCAUUUAACAAGUGAUAAUUCCCAACAGUACAGAUGUUCACAGUAUUCUGUCCCUAGCCUGUCAUUCUUUUUCAGCUGCAUGUAAAAUGGGGGGAAAGAAGAUAUAUUGAUCAUUCUAAAGAUUUAAUGUUGUUUUGUGCUGAAGUAGCUGUAUUUUCAAAGGGGUGAAACCAUCCCACACACUGAAGACAGGUCUGGAAUGAGACCAUAGGGGGAUGAGAUCCUUCUAGUUACCUAAGUACUGCUGUACCAGCCUGUGUGUAUAUGGAGUUCUUCAACUGAGGCCUUGCAAGGCAAGCCAGCUGUGCCAUGUUGGGAGGUAGGGCAGGGGAAGCUAAAUCAGUGGAAAACUAAGCUAGCUAUUUAUGUGAGGUCCAGCUUCUAAAACACAAGUCUCCCAAAAUUUCUGAAGGCAUACUUUCCUAGCUACCCUUUGGCCUGUGUCUGGUACCUGUAUCCCUGAUGACUGUUCUUUUUGAUCCAUUCUGGAUUUUUAAAAAAAUAAAUAGGAAAAGCAUUUUGAUCUC